UCGCACUCUGCUCCAUUGCGGCUUACGAUAUAAGAGCCCGCGAGCAUGGCUAUCUCCUUCACAAGGCAGCGCUUUGUUGCACCAGCGAAACAUCGAUCAGAGUAGCUUCCACCGACCGCAGUUCUUUCCCCAGUUUCUCCAUAAACCAGCAGCAAGCACCCGAUGAAGCAAAAGAUUGUGAUCCAGGUGACCAUGUCGUGCGAGAAGAGCCGGUCCAAGGCCAUGGCGCUGGUCGCCAAAGCAGAUGGGGUGAGCUCGAUGGGGGUCACCAGUGACGGCAAGGACCGGCUGGAGGUGGUCGGCGACGGCGUCGAUACCAUCUGCCUGGUCAGAUGCCUGCGUAAGAAGCUCGGCCACGCCGAUAUCGUGCUGGUGGAGGAAGUGAAGGAGAAGAAGCCAGAGGAAAAGAAGCCGGAAGAACCUAAGGUCAUGCCCCCGCCGUCGUAUUGCUACCCCGGUUACUACUACUAUCACCACCACAACCUGUCACAGCCGUGGUGGUGACAAGUGCAGUGAAACCAGACCAAUCUCAUGCAUUAUAUUUAUAUUUGUUCCGUAUUUGUAUUCGAUAUUAUUGUGUAAUGGGGAAAAAAAUUAGAAACAAACGGUUUUGCUAUUG